GAGGGGGCGAGCAAUGGCCGCCCGCUGGCUCGGAGAGGAGCUCGGCCAUGCUUUACUAUUCUGUAUAGGCCGAGGGACCAUGCCGGACCAUUUAGUAUGUGCCGAGGGAGUUUGUCACAGCUGGCCCGCGAGUUGAGGAGCUCGGCUUGCAUAGGCUUUCUUUCUCACUUGACAGCCGGCAGCAUCCGGCGUUCUGUCUGUUUCUAGAAUUUCUCGAUCCGCGCUGGGAGAAGGAGAGAGGCGUUGGCUUCGCUAAAGACUCCUGAGAGCACGGCUUACUCGUUCACGCCGGCGUCCAGUCACUCAUUGGCAGAGCGUGAACGUUUAGUUGAUAUCCUCCAAGCAGAACGAUCAUACAGACCAGACCGCCACCGCCCAGCAUGCUCAUCCAAGAGAAAGUGGUCGACUCAGACAAGAUCUGGGCCUGUCUGCUCACCAACGAGUCCUACCUCCCCGGCCUGCUGGCCCUGGCCUUCUCGCUGCGCGCCGCGCGCUCGCGCUACCCGCUCGUGGCGCUGUACACGGCCUCGCUGGGCGCCGACGCGCUGGCCGCCCUGCGCGCGCGCCACAUCCCUGUGCAGCGCGUGCCGGAGCUGCGGCCGUCUGCGAACGCAACCGAAGAAGGAGAAGAAGAAGGAGAAGAAGAAGAAGAAAACCCCUACCCGCACUCCCCGCGCUUCCUCCACGCCUUCACGAAGCUGGCCGCCUUCGCGCUGGUCGCGUACGCGCGCGUCGUGCUGCUGGACGCCGACAUGCUGGUGCGCCGCAACAUGGACGAGCUGCUGGAGGACGUGCCGCCUCUGCUGCCGCCGCAGCUGGACGCCGGGGACGACGACGGCGGCGGCGGGACGAGCGCAAGGGCCGGGGCGGGGCCGGGGCCGGUGUUUGGCGCCGCGCACGCCUGUCUGUGUAACCCGCUCCGGAUCAAGGGGUAUCCCCCUGAGUGGACCAGGGAGGGCUGUGUGUACACCACGGAUGCUGGGGCUGGGGUUGGUGCUGGGGACGUAGGUGAGGAGGUCGAAGGGAGCGGACACGGCAGACAGCAGCACCAGGAGAUCGGUCAGGGAGCUCUCGGGACCGGCGGCAGCAGCGACAGCAACAGCAGCAACAGUGCUCUUCACACGACAGUCGCCGACGAAACCAACACCGCCCAUGAAAAAAAGCAAGCAGCCAAGAGAGAAAAACCCGGCGCGGCCUGCCUCAACGGCGGCCUGAUCGUGCUGCAGCCCGGGCGGGGCGGCGCGUGGGCCGAGAUCGAGGCGUUUCUGCGCAGCGGGCAGGCGACGGCCGCGCGGCUGCCGUUUGCCGACCAGAGCCUGCUGGGCGAGGUGUUCCGCGGGCGGUGGGCGGCGCUGCCGUGGGUGUACAACGGGCUGAAGACGCUGCGGUGGGAGGGCGUGCAUGCGGACAUGUGGAGCGACGACGAGGUCAAGAACGUGCACUACAUCCUGACGCCCAAGCCGUGGGAGCUGCAGGGCGACGAGGCGACACUGGACGCGCCGGAGCGGUGGUGGUGGGAGGUUGACUCGAAGAGGCGGCGGUGGGAGGCAGAGAGGGGCCUGGACUGGAAUGUUGUCGAAUGGUGAGGCUCGGGAGAGGCGCCGGCUUUGAGGCGCCUUGGGAAGGCUGAGAAUGGUGGUGCAGAGGAUAAAAAAAAUAGGAGUUCGCUCUCCCGGAUAGUAUUCGCGGUCACAUUAUGGAUUCGGGAUGUAACUGCUGCUC